AUGGCGAGUGAGAAGCUUGAGAAGAUCAAGUCGCAGGUCGAGUUUUACUUCAGCGAUGCAAAUUUCAGGGUCGACAAGUUCCUCAGGGAGCAGUCUUUGGUGAACGAUGGCUAUGUUCCCAUUGAGACGAUUAUCUCGUUUAACAGGCUUAGAAGCCUCGAGGCAACUGUGGACGAUGUCAAGGAGGCUCUUAAAGAAAGCAAGGUGGUUGAGCUCAAGGACGGGAUGAUAAAGAAGAUCGAGACUGAGGAGUACCUGUCGUAUGUCAUGGAGAAGGAUAUAAGCAAGAGAGUGAUAUACAUUGAUGGGUUUCCAAAGGACAUGUCUCUUGAGGAUGUGAAGGACACCCUAUCACCACACAUUGUCCCUGUUUUGAUCAGGAUGAGGAAGGACAAAGGGAAGAGCUUUAGUGGAAGCAUAUUUGCAGAGAUGAAGUCUGAGGAGGAGGCACAGAGGGCCCUAUCUGAGAAGAUUCCUGCAAAAAAGCGUGACGACGACGAGGAGAAGGCCAAGAAGCAAAAGAGCGAAGAGAAGUACCUUGUGAUUAUGACGAAGGAAGAGUAUCUCAAGGAGAAGGAAAAGAUGUCUGCAGAGAAGAAAGAAAAGGAGGCUAGAGAAGCUCUUGAAAAGGAGUUUGUGCCCAGACUGUUUAGAUACGAGUCUGACAACGAUCUUGACAUCAAGGAAAUAAAGAGCCUGGUCAAGAACACCGCCUUUGUGGACACUAAGGAGAAGGUGGUAAGGAUGAAGCAUGUAGAGGAUUUCAAGGAGAAAAGGUUUGAGGAGGAUGGAAGGAGCUUGACACUCAUCAAGAUGGAGGAAAGCGAGGCCCUUGAGUACUGUAAGAACAUCAAGACUACAUCCAAGAGACCAAAGCCCACUAAGAAAUAA